AUGCCCGGUUUGAAAGUCGCAGUCUUGGGUGCAGCCGGUGGCAUCGGUCAGCCAUUAUCUUUGUUGCUCAAGCAAAACCCCCACAUCACCGAAUUGGCUUUGUUCGAUGUCGUCCCCGUCGUAAAAGGAGUGGCUGUUGACAUCUCCCACAUCAACACCCCCAGCACUGUGACUGGUCACAUACCUGCGGAAGAGGGUCUAGCCAAAGCUCUCAAAGGUUCCGACUUGGUCGUUAUUCCUGCCGGUGUCCCCAGAAAACCCGGCAUGACCAGAGAUGAUCUUUUCAAGAUCAACGCAGGAAUCGUACGCGACCUUGCUACUUCUAUGGCCCAGAACUGUCCCAAGGCAUGUAUCUUGGUAAUCUCAAACCCGGUCAACUCUACUGUGCCAAUUGUGGCAGAGGUAUUCAAGAAGGCCGGUGUCUUUGACCCUAAAAAAUUGUUCGGUGUUACAACUCUUGAUGUCGUUCGGGCCUCCACAUUCGUUGCCCAAGUCGUUGGUCAACCCGAAAAAGCCCACGAAUACAAAAUCCCGGUCAUCGGUGGUCAUUCCGGUGUCACCAUCUUACCCCUCCUCUCUCAGUCGAAACCAUCACUGCCUCAAUCAGUAAUGUCGGACAAGAGCAAGAUUGAAGAACUCGUCAAGCGAAUCCAAUUUGGUGGCGAUGAAGUCGUCGCAGCCAAGGAUGGUGCCGGGAGUGCCACUUUGAGCAUGGCUUAUGCCGGAUUCAGAUUCGCCGAGAGCAUCAUCAAAGCUAGGCUCGGUCAAUCGGGUGUGGUCGAGAUGGGCUACAUCUAUGUGGCAGAUGAUAAGCAUAUCUCAGCUCACACCGAUGGCCUUGAGUACUUCUCGGUUCCCAUCGAAUUAGGGGCCGAAGGUGUUAGUAAACUACUACCGAUCGGGGACAUCAAUGACCACGAAAAGGAAAUGCUCAAGGCAUGCGUUUCUGAACUUAAAGAAAGCAUCACGAAGGGUUCGAGCUUUGUAAACAAAUUGUAA